AAGUGUGUGCGUUAGAGUAGCGAAACCAACAAGCUCUUGUUUGUUCUCGCUUUCUCUUUUUCUUCUCUUAAAAUAAGCAAACUUUCCGUUCCACAUCUCCACCUACUUUCAUCCCCACUCCCACCAACUUUUAUUACAGGUUAUCAGACACGAACAUGAAGAUCAAUGUACGAGAUUCGACAAUGGUGGGCCCAGCCCAGGAGACGCCACGUCGGAGUCUAUGGAACGCCAACGUGGACCUGGUGGUGCCGAAUUUUCACACCCCGAGCGUGUACUUCUACAGGCCGACCGGGUCGGCUAAUUUCUUUGAGGCGAGGGUUUUGAAGGACGCGCUGAGCCGCGCGUUGGUGCCGUUUUAUCCGAUGGCCGGGAGGCUGAAGAAGGACGAGGAUGGGCGCGUGGAGAUUGAUUGUCAGGGACAGGGGGUGCUUUUUGUGGAGGCGGAGUCUGAUGGAGUUAUCGAUGAGUUCGGCGACUUUGCGCCGACGUUGGAGCUGCGGAAGCUUAUUCCGGCGGUUGAUUAUUCUCUUGGAAUAGAAUCCUACUCUCUUUUGGUAUUGCAGGUCACUUACUUUAAAUGUGGUGGAGUUUCCCUUGGAGUUGGUAUGCAACAUCAUGCAGCAGAUGGUGCUUCUGGCCUUCAUUUCAUCAACACCUGGUCCGAUAUGGCUCGCGGACUUGACCUCACCAUCCCGCCUUUCAUUGACCGCACCCUCCUCCGGGCUCGUGAUCCUCCUAGGCCAGCUUUCCAGCACAUUGAGUACCAGCCCCCUCCGUCGAUGAAGUCCAGUCCUGAUGCAGUUCCUGAAACAGCUGUUUCAAUUUUCAAGUUAACCCGAGACCAGCUCAAUGUCCUUAAGGCCAAGUCCAAGGAAGAAGGCAACACGGUCGCGUACAGCUCCUAUGAAAUGUUGGCUGGACACGUGUGGCGAUCAGUGUGUAAAGCCCGAGGACUUCCUGAAGAUCAGGAAAGCAAGUUGUAUAUUGCAACUGAUGGGCGAGCUAGGCUCCGUCCUGCACUCCCCCCUGGCUACUUUGGCAAUGUCAUAUUCACUGCCACGCCUAUAGCAGUUGCAGGAGAUCUCCAGUCGAAGCCAAUAUGGUAUAGUGCUAGUAAGAUCCAUGAUGCAUUAGUAAGAAUGGACAACGAAUACCUGAGAUCAGCCCUUGAUUACUUGGAAUUACAGCCUGAUCUUAAGGCUCUUGUUCGCGGGGCACAUACUUUCAGGUGCCCAAAUCUCGGGAUCACUAGUUGGGCAAGGCUGCCUAUCCAUGAUGCUGACUUUGGCUGGGGAAGGCCAAUAUUUAUGGGACCUGGCGGAAUUGCAUAUGAAGGACUGAGCUUUGUGUUACCUAGCCCUUCCAAUGAUGGGAGCUUAUCUGUGGCCAUUUCUUUGCAAGCAGAACACAUGAAACUCUUUCGCAAGUUCUUGUAUGACAUUUGAAGAUAUGCACCACCACAAUCUUCUUCUUUUUUCUAGCGGAGGGGGAGGGGGAGGGGGGGGGGGGUGUUCUUUCCGUAUUAUUUCUCAUGUUCAUAUAUGCGGUUGUUUCCUGACAAUGACAGUAGCAAAAAGCGCUUGUUCAUGCAAGGAAUAUGGAUACAGUUUUAUUUCUAAUAACACCAUGAUGUAUGAAUUUGAUCUUUUCA